AUGAGUGCUACAGCAGAUCGCCAAAACCUUUGGUCAAAAUUCACCAAAUCUACAAAAUCAUUUUCUACCUCCUUUGCUCACAUAUCGAUAAGUUCUGAAAAGGAUGGAGACUCUCCAAAUUCUACAAUAGUUCAUAAAGCAUUGGUUAAGUUUUAUAAAAAACAGGAACCAUUCCAAGGAUUCCCAGGUUGGUUAGGUCAUAAAGAAGAUUUGCCUGAUGAGCAAAAAAUAUUAAAAAAGCAACAAGAAAAACAAGCUCACAAUCAUCAUCAUCAGCAUCAUCACUCUACACCUGUUGUAUCAUCUACAGUAUCUUCAGGUGGUGGUGGAUUUGUUUCAAGCCUAAGAAGAACCGGUUCUUCUUCAUUGCAGCAACAAUCUAAUGAACAAGAACACCAUGAAGAUGGAAACCGUCCGCCAAUACAAAGACGUACCACUGCUGGUAUGUCAUUCCAUAGUAUAUAUAAUAAAGAACCCUCUCCAGGUGUUCAAAAAUCGCAGGAUAUUCCUAGACAACAGCAGAAUUAUUCUUCAGCAUCAUCGUCAGCGAUUCCCUUAACCUCAAAUAAUACCAGUAAUAAUACAUAUUCUCAACGAGCUUCCUCAAAUCCAACAUCUCAACAACAAAUGCGGCAGAAUAAUGAAGGUGCGCCUACUCCUUCUUCUUCGUCCUCAUAUCAAAUGAUGAGAGAUAGGCUAAGGAGAGGUAAUAUAAGAAAUAAUCAAUCACCAUUUUAA